AUGAUGAGCCAGGAGAAAUGGGCUAACCUCAGUCCUUCAGAGUUCUCGCAGCUUCAGAAGUAUGCCGAGUAUUCUACAAAGAAAAUUAGAGAUGUUUUGGAAGAAUUCCAUGGUGAUGGUGUGCUAGCAAAGUACAAUCCUGAAGGGAAGCAAGAUAUACUGAAUCAAACAAUUGACUUGGAAGGUUUCAAAUUAUUUAUGAAGACUUUCUUGGAGGCUGACCUACCAGAAGAGUUUUGUGAACAUCUCUUUACAUCCUUUGGCAACAAAGUUCCUCAUAGCAGUCCAUUGGUAAAGAAUAAGCCCCCACUUCUUCCAGGAGGUUUGCGAAUUACUAAAAGCAUGACCACAUCUAGACCUCCGGCUCUUUCCACUUUGAACAUACCGGAUAUAAUCCAGUUGAAAGAUAUUGUCUGUUAUCUUUCCCUUCUUGAAAGAGGAAGACCAGAAGACAAACUUGAAUUUAUGUUUCGCUUAUAUGAUACAGAUGGAAAUGGUUUCCUGGACAGUUCGGAGCUGGAAAAUAUCAUCACUCAAAUGAUGCACGUUGCAGAAUAUCUUGAAUGGGAUGUCACUGAACUCAGUCCAAUUCUUCAUGAAAUGAUGGAAGAAAUUGACUAUGACCAUGAUGGCACUGUUUCCUUGGAAGAAUGGAUCCAGGGUGGAAUGACUACAAUCCCACUUUUAGUUUUGCUUGGACUGGAAAAUAAUGUGAAGGAUGAUGGGCAGCAUGUAUGGAGACUGAAACACUUCAAUAAGCCUGCCUACUGUAAUCUUUGCUUGAACAUGCUAAUAGGAGUAGGCAAGCAGGGCCUUUCUUGUUCAUUUUGUAAAUACACAGUCCAUGAGCGUUGUGUUGCAAGAGCACCAGCUUCUUGUAUCAAAACAUAUGUAAAAUCAAAAAAGAACACUGAGGUUAUGCAUCAUUUCUGGGUAGAAGGGAAUUGUCCAACAAAAUGUGACAAGUGUCACAAAACUAUAAAAUGUUACCAAGGACUGACUGGGCUACAUUGUGUUUGGUGUCAGAUCACAUUGCAUAACAAAUGUGCUUCGCACCUCAAACCUGAAUGUGAUUGUGGUGCUUUGAAGGAUCAUAUUCUUCCACCCACAUCAAUCUGCCCAGUAGUAUUGACUCUACCCCCUUUAGGAGUUUCACUUCCUGAGGAACGGCAAUCAACUAUGAAUAAAGAAAAAGGUGGUUCUGAACAAACAAACAAACUAGGUGACCGGAACAAGAUGCAGAGAGCCAAUUCUGUCACGGUAGACGGACAAGGCCUUCAGAUUACACCUCCUCAAGGUACUCAUCCACUUCUAGUUUUCGUUAACCCUAAAAGUGGUGGAAAACAAGGAGAAAGAAUUCAUAGAAAAUUUCAGUAUCUUUUGAAUCCUCGUCAGGUUUACAACCUUGCAGCAAAUGGACCAAUGCCAGGAUUAAAUUUUUUUCGUGAUGUUUCUGACUUUCGAGUAUUGGCAUGUGGUGGAGAUGGAACCGUGGGUUGGAUUUUGGACUGUAUAGAGAAAGCAAAUUUGAUCAAGCAUCCACCAGUUGCUAUUCUCCCUCUUGGAACUGGGAAUGACUUAGCCAGAUGUCUGAGAUGGGGAGGAGGAUAUGAAGGUGAGAAUCUUCUGAAGAUUUUAAAAGAUAUUGAAAACAGUACAGAAAUCUUGUUGGACAGAUGGAAAUUUGAAGUCAUACCCAACGAUAAAGAUGAGAAAGGAGAUCCCGUGCCUUACAGCAUCAUCAAUAAUUACUUUUCAAUUGGAGUGGAUGCUUCAAUUGCUCACAGAUUUCAUAUCAUGCGAGAAAAACAUCCGGAGAAAUUCAACAGCAGAAUGAAGAAUAAAUUUUGGUAUUUCGAAUUUGGCACUUCUGAAACUUUCUCAGCUACCUGCAAGAAGCUGCACGAAUCCCUAGAAAUAGAAUGUGAUGGAAUUCAGAUAGAUUUGAACAAUAUUUCUUUGGAAGGGAUUGCCAUUUUGAACAUUCCCAGCAUGCAUGGAGGAUCAAAUCUUUGGGGUGAGACCAAGAAAAGACGAAACCAUCGUCGAUUUGAGAAGAACAGGUCAGACAAAAGAACCCCUGUUACAGGAGCUAAAGAGCUGAAGUUUGCAUGCCAAGAUUUGAGUGAUCAGCUGGUGGAAGUGGUUGGUCUGGAGGGAGCCAUGGAGAUGGGUCAAAUAUACACUGGACUGAAAAGUGCUGGAAGACGACUUGCUCAAUGUGCAUCAGUUAUCAUAAGGACUAGCAAGUCUCUGCCUAUGCAGAUUGAUGGGGAGCCAUGGAUGCAAACACCUUGUACAAUAAAAAUUACUCACAAGAAUCAAGCUCCAAUCCUGAUGGGACCACCUCCCAAAACUGGCCUCUUCUCUUCCAUCAUUAACAGAACAAGGAACUGCAGCAAAGAAUAAGCUUCUUUAGUUAAAUCCUUACCAAAUCAAAUUAGCAGGGAUUUGGAA